UAAUUUCUUGACAAUUUUGCCAAUAGGAGAAGGAAAAAAAAAAAUUCUUGCCAAUGGCGGCUUUUAAUCACCAUUUCUUGCAUGCAACCUCUUUGCUAGUCUUGGUACUGGUGGCAGUGACGGCUUCCGAGGCUGGUGCCGGCGGCUACGGCAACACAAAUCCUGAUCAGUAUGAGAAGCCCAAACCAGAAAAACAGAACAACCUACUAUCAACCAAUGCCAUUUUGGGCAUUCAAGGCCUUGUUUAUUGCAAAUCCGGCCAUAAAGUCCUCCCGCUCGAAGGAGCGGCAGCCAGGAUAACGUGCGAGGCUGUAGACCAGUAUGGGUUGGAAACUUCAUCUGUCACCAUCUUAAGUGAUGCAACUGACGCAAAGGGUUAUUUCUUUGCAACAAUAUGUCCUUCUGAGAUUGAAAACAAGAAGCAGCUCACUAAGUGCAAAGCCUUUCUUGAACUCUCUUCGUCGGAGACUUGCAACAUUCCGACGGACUCGAACAGCGGAAUCAGUGGUGCUGUGCUAGCUUCAUAUCGCUUCCUCCAUGACAAGAACAUCAAGCUAUAUACUGUAGGGCCUUUUACUUUCACAUCAUCACCACAAACCCAGAGUUCAGUCCCAAAUAAUGGCUACUAGAUAAGACUCUACUUUCGACAUUUGAGUAAUAAUAAUGAGUAAUGAAUUUUGUCCGUCGAUUGUUCUUUAGUUUAUUCAAUUCGAAGAUCAGAAUAAUCAGAGACGUGCAAAGCGAGAAAAAUGGUGUGAGAAGAUGUGGGGAGGCAAAUGAUUUUACUUUGUAAUUGAUCAGUUUUAAUUUUUCU